AAAGGUACCAAACUAAAAAAUUGUGAUCAAAAUCAUAAUGAAGAUCACUCCAAAUGAGAUUGAAGAGGAGAAUGUCGUCAUUGACACGUCUCUGACAUCAGAAUCAGAACAUGAAAAUCGCAAUAGGAAAGUGGUGAAAAUGGUGUACAAAGCACUACUGCGUGGCGGCAAUGUCGAGAAGGAGAAGCUAGCAAGAGUGGUAGGAAAACAAUUGGAAUGGAGAUACCAUGGACCUCCACAUUGUCAACACAUGAUGAAAAUGUUGACCGGAGAGUCAACGCAACAAAGUUUCAAGUUUAGGCCAAGGAGAAUGAGGAGUGUUAAUGGUGACCGUUUGAUUGUUGAAGGAUGGGAAGAUGUGGGGGAGUAUUGGGUGCAUGUGUGGAGACUCAAGGAUGGGAUUAUUACUCAAUUGCGUGAGUAUUUUAACACUUUGUUAACUGUGGUUUCUGAGGACGAGAAUAAGGGUAGGUUUUGGAGGAGUACUCCUUGGGCAAGGGUUCAAGGGUCUUUACCAGAUCUUGUUCUUUCUAUAUGAAUCAUGAUAUAUUGUAUACUGUUUUUUAAUAAAAUAAAAUAAUAAUCAUGAAGUAUUUAAUAGGGUUUUACUAACAAGUGCACCG